AAAAAAAAGGAAGACUAAGUCAAGGGUUUACUCGCCGGUGACGAACUUUUGACGGAGAUGGCACAGUCACAGUCUCUUUCGAUCCCAACUUUACAGUCUUCUUUCCGCAAACUCGGAGUAUCUCAAAAUCGAAGAGGAGGACUUACUAUCUCAACGGCGGAAAGUCCAAAAUAUCCUUUAAUUUCGUUAUGUCACACGGAGAGAAGCAAUCCGCGGAUAAUCAGCUGCGUCACCGGAGCUUUACCGGACGAUGGAGCCAAAGAAGCAGCUUCUUCUCCCUCUACUUCUAUCUCGACGUCGAUCUUCGUGAAGGGUCUUGCGGAUUCAGUUAGUGAAGGGCGUUUAAAGAAGGUCUUCUCGCAGUUUGGACAAGUUAGCCAUGUAAAAAUCAUUGUGAACGAAAGGACUCGGCAGUCUCUAGGAUAUGGAUAUAUCUGGUUUAACAAAAAAGAGGAUGCGCAGAUGGCUGUGGAAGCUAUGAACGGAAAGUUCUUUGAUGGCAGGUUUAUACUGGUUAAAUUCGGCCAGCCUGGAUUGUCCCGUCGCCGGAGGUCACAUUCCGAUUUUCUUUUUGUAAAUAAAUGAUCUUACUAUGUUUUUAGCGAAUGUAAUAAAUAUUCGGACUCUAAAGGAGGAACCCAAUUAUUAAAUGUCCCUGAGAACAUGCUUUGGUACUCAAUUAUGGACAACGAAUCUAUUAACUAGUGAACGUAUAGGUUUAUU